UCAGUUUCUUAUAAAAAAGUUGUGCUAUAAGUUAGGUAUAUGUAACUGUAACCUUCAACACCGUUAUUCACAUCACUACAAAACCGAAGAUGCGUCUAGUAAUCUGGGGCAGUAGCGGUUUUGUUCAGGCUACACUAGGGCAUUUACCCUUGUUUGUAUUCCGAAGUCAUCCAUGGCCCAGACAGUUUGCGUAACAAAGGAGGAGUAUCGAAACUCUCACAAUAGAAGAUGACCUGAAGGAGGAGCUAAAUCUAAAAUUAUUUUCGUUUGGAAGUUUAGUUAGACAACAGCCGGCCUCGCAUUCUGUGGUAAUAUCCACUGAGAAAACGUCUUCACAAGCUUUAAGUUAAGCCGAGCAACCAUCACAGCAUGAGCGGGGUACUUUGUUCCAAAUGGAUUCUGUUUGUAACUGCGAUUAUCGCAGUGAAUUUGAUGUUUGCUAAUUCAAAUAUCACGGAAACUGAAACAUCAUUUGACGAAGAACUCAAGUCAACAUUCUCGUUAAAAGAAAGAUUUCAAAGGCUGUUGGCGCUCGACGCGCAGCCUCACAACAGGGAGAAGCGCCUGAUCUAUUUCCAGUUCAGGCUCCCAUUCGGCUCAAAUAUGGAGAUCAAGUGGACUUUCAACUGGAUUGCUAUGACAGAAAUCAAGUACACAACUAAACUGCAAGUGGCUCUACCUCUCAAUCGACCGCUACCUGCCUACCUUACAGAUGAUAGAUACACUCCUGAUUUUUCAACGCUUUUUGGCACAAAAUUGGGAAGAGAAGGAGCAGGAGGAGAGAAUGAAGAUGAAGGUUUUCAUAACUACGAUUGGGAAACCGAAGACCAUACGAAUAGAAAUCUUGAUGCUGCAGUUACCAAGGCUGAUGAGGCAAAUAAGACGAAGACCCAUAAUGUAACCAAAAGAAGUCCAGCGACUUCACAUCGAAAUAAAAGGCAAGACGAACUUGUUCAUGAGAAUACACCGGACACUGAAAUUCCGAACGGACCAGGAAGAGUUUCCGACUUUGAAACGAAAAUCGUAUCGGAUGAUAUUACUGAAUCUGAGAGAGAAGAGGAAAUGGUAUUUGAUAGUUAUGAAGAACAUUCAGAACAUGUCAAGAGUCUUCAUGUGAUGCACAGACUCGAUGCGUACAAUGCUAUCGAACGCAUCUUGACCAAACCAUCAGUGGCAUCGCUGUCGUCCCCCAGUUCGGACAUGGAAGUUUUGAAGGACUAUUUGGUCGCGGAAGAAGCAGGGCGUGGCAGCGGCGAUUGUCGGCGUCGUUUCGCCGAUUGCCCGUCCUCUGUCUUCGAAAUUAUCCCGCUAGUGUCGCACAAGGUUCUCGAUUUCGGACUCUUCUAA